AAAAGCUCAAAUAAGAAGAGAAAAAACAGUCGGCGCAGUUUCAAAAUUUUAUGUAAAUCACAACAGAAGAAGAAGAAGAUGAAGGGAAAAACAGAGAAUGAUGAAGAAGGAGCAAAAGGGGUUGUGACUCUUGAAGAGCUGAAGAAAAAAAUGGCUGAUUUUGCUAAAGAAAGAGAGUGGGAUCAGUUUCAUACACCAAGAAAUCUCCUUUUAGCUAUGGUGGGUGAAGUGGGAGAAUUGUCUGAAAUAUUUCAGUGGAAAGGUGAGGUCCCAAGAGGUCUACCAGAUUGGGCAGAAAAAGAGAAGCAGCAUUUAGGUGAAGAGCUAUCAGAUGUAUUGCUUUAUCUUGUCAGGCUUUCAGAUAUUUGUGGCAUUGAUCUAGGUAAUGCUGUACUCAGAAAACUGGAGCUUAAUGCCAUUAAAUACCCUGUUAGUCUUUGCAAAGGUUCAUCAAAAAAGCUUACUCUUUUGAGCAAAAGUACAACCACCACCACCACCACCUCAAGCAGUGAAAAUGGUGUGAUUAAUGAUGGUGAAUGAUCUUUUUUUGAUUUAGUAGGUGGUCUAUUUAUAGGUACUUGCAAUGACAUCUAAUAGUUUUUUUUUGUGCUAAAAGGGGAUGUAGAGACAUAUAGUGUUUGAUUUGAAGUAACAUGUAUCAAGUCAACUAAUUUCUUCCUAUUUCUAGAUUGUUUGGUUUUUUGCUUUAUCCAUAUCCCCUUUGCCUACAGGUUAAUACUGUAGAAGUUUAAGACAAAUGUGUUGAGAUUUGUGUAGUAUAAUUUUUCGUCAUUUGAA